AUGAGUGAGGAAGAAGAUGAAAGAUUACUUAAAGACUAGGGCUAUAUGGAAAAAUAAGGAUAUGGCAAUUAAAAGAAUGGAGAUUAAAAUAAGAAUAAAACAUUUGAUGAUUAAUCAGGUCCAUCCAAAUUUGAUGCAAUAGUAAUACUGAUUUUAGUAUUUAUGAUUGGAUUAUCAGGAUUUGGGUUGUUGAAGCAUUAUAAAGGUAAGCUUGCUUUAUUAAUUGAUUAGUUAUAAUUCCAUCUUCACCUAUUGAUAAUGAUGUACGUGGAGACUAAUUAAACAUUCACUAAAAAGAUUCGGAUGGAUAAUAAGUUUUAAAUAAAACUAAUGAUGGACUAUAAAAUGUAAGUGAUAACAAAGCACCAAAAGAAGAUGAACUUGCAAUAGAUAGUGUUUUGGAUAGUUAUAUCUCAAAAAUAGAAUAAUACACAGAUAUUCAGACUGAUUGGGUGGAUGAUGAUGAUGAAAUCAUUAAAGAAAUAGAGGAGCAAUUGGAAGAUUAACAAAAUGUUGUUUAGGAUUUAGAAGAACUUAUAAUAUCAUAAGAAUCUGAAAUCUAAGUCCUUAAACCUGUAUUUUCCAAGAACAUUUAUACUUAUAAGGAGUUAUAGAAUGGAAUAAAAGUUUUGUUUAUUUAAACAACUACUGAAGGUAUUCACCUGACAAUUACAUUAAAUAUUGGAAAGCAGAAUGAUCCAUAGGAUAAGCCUGGGUUGACCGAACUACUCUUUAGGUGUUUAUAAACCAAUUUUUAUAUCGAAAUCUAUAAACAUUAUACUACUCUAACAGCUUAGCUAAGUUUAUUUGAAGAAUUAAACACAAAGUUAUAAGAAUUGUACAACAUAUUAACAAAACCGUAAUUUAUCGAUAUUGAGAAGAAUGCUAAGGAUCUAUUUGAUGAUUUGUUGCAUGAUUCAAAAUCUGGGGAUUUGGAAUAUGUGAGCGACUUCUUAAGUUAAUAAACAGAAUUAAAAGAACUUAAAAUAUUAGAAGUUGAUUAGGAAUAAUUAUACCAAUAAUAUAUACAACAUGUUUCAGCUGAUACUCUAAGUCUAGUUUUUAAAACCUCAGAUGAAUAUGAAUCUAUAUUAGAUAAACUAUUUUAAUCGGAUCUGACAAAAUUAAAAAAUUUACAUAAAUUUUAACAGCCAAUAUUCUAGAAUAGACAUCCUUUAGGUAGACAUAUCUUAAAAUUCAAAAGUGAUACAGAAGUAUUGACAAUCCUAUCUUUAAGCGAUUAAUUUAGUUGUUAAAGAUUCUUAGCAUACCUUUUACCAAAACCAUUUUAUGGGGCAAUGUGGUAGAAUCAUCUGUUAGUAACACUAGAUAUAGAUUUAGGAAAUGUUUUACUUUCCAUAAAUUAAUUGAUCUAAUUUUUAGAUUAUCUAAAGCGUGCUGACGAAACUUAACUUCAACAUUUAUAUUCUUAGAUGUUGGCAACAGAGGAAUUAUUAUUUAAUACAAAAUAUGAAGAGAGUCUUGUUUAGAUUGGAUAGAACUUAUUCUCUGAUCCUAUCUACGUAUUGAGAGGGUAGGAAAGUGAGCCAAUCUUUGAUAGAAGCAAAUUCAAUCAAUAUUUAUCUAAUUUGGCAAAUAAUUUCGUAGUUUUGGUUGGAAGUGAGAAUUUCCAAUACAAUUAAACAUAUGAAUCACAAAAAGAUGACUCAAUAUUUAUAUUAGAUGCUGUAUUAAAUAAAAUUCAUUAAGGUUUUACAUAUGACUUAAAACCAUUAGUGAAAUUAUUUGAACUGAACAAUUAAUAUUAAUUUUCAUUACCAUCUAUAAGCCCAUUUUUACCUGAAAAUUUGGCUAUAAUAUCAGUGUGUGAACCUGUAUAUGAAUUACAAGGAUUUGGGUUUUAACAAGUGGAUGAUAUAAGUCUAACAGUAAAAGAUGGGAAAUUUGAUGGUUCAAGAGAACCAAAGUUUGAAACAGUUGAGUUUGUUUGCGAAUAUCCAUUGCCAGACUUCUCAGUUAAUUGUUAAGAGAAGGAGAAGGCUGCUUAAGUCUCAUUAACGCCAUUUUAGAUUGCUAGUAAUGUUUGGUGGAAACCGAGUAGAUUGGGUGCAAUGGUGUUUACUGGAUUAUUUAUUGAAAAACCUGAAUCUACAUUAGCCUAAGGUAAAACUAUGUUGAAAUUGUUGCAAAAAUAUUAUACAGAAUUGGCUAAGAGACUGUUUUAAUAAGAAUUUUUAUUUGGAUAUGAGUUAUCUUUCAAAGAGACAAUCAAUGGUCUGAAUGUGUAGAUGCUAAGUUAUUCUGAGAAGCAAUCAGAAUUUUAGGAUAAGUUGUUUGAUUUGAUGAGUAUCGAUGAUGAAUAGCUAUUCUAUUAUGUAAAGGAUUUAUUGGAUAAAGAUAUCAAAAGAUUCCAUGAUUAGAAAUUAUCGCUUUUGACACAACAAUAUUAUUUACCAAAGAUUAUGUUGAGACCAAUUAACACUCCAUAAGAAAUAUUGAAUGUAUUGGAUGAAGUGGAUUAUCAAAAGUUUUUGGAAUUCUAGGGAUAGCUGUUGUCCAGUAAAAUAGAAAUUUUACACAUUGGAAAUAUACUGCCAAAUGAUAGUCUAUUUGAAGACUCACAAGAAACCUAUUUGACUAGGACAUUAAAUUUAAAGGGAUAAAAUUUAAAGUAUAUAGUUCAAAGAGAAUCGAAUAACGAUAUGACUUCAUCCAUACUCAAUUAUUAUUAAACAGGAUUGAAAAAUAUAGAAACCACUUCUAAGUUGUAUUUUUAUGCAGAUUUCCUAUAAUCUUAUUCAAACAAUUACUUUAAAAUGGGUCAAUAAGUCUUAAUUAAGAGAAAACCACUAGGAUGUUCAGAUGGGUUGUAAGUGUACAUGUAAGGAGUUAUACCAUCUGAGGGGAAUGAAGAGAUAGAGAAGUUCUUAAAUUAAGCUAAUUUACAUUUGAGCAAUUUGCAAGAUGAGGACAUUUUGGAGUAGAAAUUAUAUACUAUAAAUAAAUUAUACAACGAGAUUAAAUUUAAAACUUUGUAGGAGGAAGCUCAGUUUAUUUGGGAUAAGAUUGUGAAUAAGAAUUAUGCAUUUAGUGAGAUUUAGGAUGUGAUCAGAUAUUUAGAUGAUGCAUUCCCAUAGAAACUGAGAGAAUGUGCAAACUUAGUGAUGUAAGGGAAAAUGAGUGUUCAAGUGUAUGCUGUAGAUUAAUCAAUUGAAAACACUGAAGGGAUUUAGAGUAUUGAAUAGUUAAUUGAUCAAGAUGUUUAUGAAUGUUUUUUUACAUUGUGA